AUGCUUUCUGUUAAGGCUGGCACAGAUAGCAAACAUGGAAGUGAUAUCAAUUCUUCUGAUGAAGUAGUUUUUGAUGCGAUGAGCUUAGAAUCAUUCGAUACAAGGAAUCCCAUAGAUAAUAGAUACCUGUUAGCGAAUCUGUUUUUUAUGGGCAUUGCGGUUAUUCCGAAGAUCAUUGCCCUAGCAAUUAUUCAAAAAACUAUAGCCUUUAUCGCAACUGCAUUCUUUCUUGAAAGUCAAUCUUCAACUGAUGAAGAAUAUCCUAAUAGCUUAAAUUAUCGCAAGUAUUUUCAUAGAUAA